GGUGGAAGUUAAAUAGUGCAAACUACUUUCUAUAUACUGACCACGUCGUUGUUUGUUAACGGCAACGUGUUAUGUGUAAUGUCGGCGCUUGCUUCUCUUGAAACGGACUGGUUAACGUACGAGCUGUCAUAUUGCUUCUUGGUGUAGCUGUCUCCAUGGCAACCAGCGCAGUUCCCAGCGACAAUCUUCCCACAUACAAACUGGUGGUGGUGGGGGAUGGGGGAGUGGGAAAGAGCGCUCUCACCAUCCAGUUUUUUCAGAAAAUAUUCGUCCCCGACUACGACCCCACCAUCGAAGACUCGUACCUGAAGCACACAGAAAUUGAUGGCCAGUGGGCCAUUUUGGACGUUCUGGACACGGCAGGACAGGAGGAGUUUAGCGCAAUGCGUGAACAGUACAUGCGGACGGGUGACGGGUUCCUCAUCGUUUUCUCAGUGACGGACAAGGCCAGCUUUGAGCACGUGGAUCGCUUUCAUCAACUCAUCCUGAGAGUGAAAGACAGGGAGUCAUUUCCCAUGGUCCUUGUUGCGAACAAAGUGGAUCUGGUGCAUUUGCGGAAAGUCACGAGUGAGCAGGGGCGAGAAAUGGCCUCAAAGCAUUGUAUCACAUAUAUCGAAACAAGUGCUAAGGAUCCCCCAAUGAAUGUAGACAAAGCUUUUCAUGAACUAGUACGAGUCAUUAGGCAACAGAUUCCAGAGAGAAGCCAAAAGAAGAAGAAAACAAAAUGGCGUUCAGACAGAUCGCCGGGAUCCCACAGACUUCAUUGUGUCAUACUGUGAUUGUUUCUCUGCUGUUUUAUUUAAGAACUCUUUUUGUUGUUUUUGUCGUUGUUGUCAUUGUUGAUGAUGUUUUGGGCUUGUCACCAUGGCGAUGAAGACUCUGACUGUUAACGCACCCACCGUGCCUACAGCCAUGCCACACUGUCAAUGUGGGAGGUGUUGUGCCUUACAGUGAAGUAUUACAGCUCACCAUGGCAACCAGUGAAGUAUUACAGUUCACCAUGGCAACUAGUGUUGUCCAAAGCCAGGAAGGGCGCAUACUUAGGAGAGAAAUGCCCCCAUACAGCCACUGUAAAAUCUCUCUC